GUCCAAGACGACGGCCAGGAGCUUGAGGCGGAGUAUGACUUCGAGGCGUUCAACAAGAAGACGCCCGCCGAGGUCUCUGACUCAGGGCCGCAGGAGUCGCGCAACGCCGUAUCUGAGUCUCCAGCGGCCCCUGCUGAGGAAGGGGAUUCUCUGAGGUUGGCUCGAUGCUUACAGGCCCUGCGGCAACUCGAGGGAGGGCUCAAAGAAGCGCAUGAGUGUGCGGCUGCUGCAAAUACAGCAGACUUUGCAGACUUUAGCAGGCUUCACCAAGUACUCCAGCAGCAGCGCGAGCUGGUGACCUGCACCCUUCGGGAGGUCACCCCCGAGGACAGCAAUGAAAAGCCUCUUGAGAAGCGAAUGGCCCAACUCGAGGCUCUGGCUACCGACUAUCCCGUCUUAGAG